AUGGCAUCACCGUGGGCCGCCACCCUCUGCAAGAGCCGCGACCGCCUCUGGAACAGGGGCGGGUCCCUCCGGCGCAUCCCAAUUGGUUCUGGCUUCCGGAAGAAGAACAAUCGCAGCGCUGGCGCUGCCUCUUCCAAGGCAAUAUACUCCAACAACCAGCCGGACUCGAUACCCGCUGGUCCCCCGCAGCCGCAGCUUCCACUCCACCCCGAUCUCGGAGCUGCCUCUCUCUGCGCAUCCACCUCCGAUAUCUACCAUCUGAUGCUGAAUCUGUAGUGGAGCUUCAUAGCCCUGCUCCCCCCCUCAUGGCCACCUUGGAUGUAUUCUGGGAAGCUUCCCCGGGUUAGAGCCGGCCUUCGCCGUCCGUGGCAGCAAUGUGGACUGCUCCGUCUUCCCAGGCAUUUUUUUGGGGACUCGAGCAGCAUCUGGUGCGACCUCGCCGUCUACUGGUGAGAUUUCAGUGAUUGAAUGA